AUGUCUAUGCCGUACAACCAGCAUCUCGACGAGAAGGAGAAUCCUUUCGAUGAUUUCGAACACAUGAACCCACAGCCUAUCCCUUUGGCCGCUCCUCGGCCUGGUUAUGCCGCUCCCGUCUCUGCCCUCAUGCCCCCGGCUCCCUCCGCGACUCCCGACGGUCGUAUGAGCGCACAGUCGGAGAUGUCGGAGUACCGGGGGGGCAUGCCCGCGACUCCGCAUCCUCUUCAGCCUCCGAUGACUCCCAUCGCUCCUGUUUUCGCCCGUCCGGCUACCGCGCAAUCUCGCGAUGUCAAGUUCGCGAAGUCGAAUCCGAUCAUGCGUGGCGAAAUGGAGGGCACCGUACUCCCUCGUAGGGGCCAGCAGGGUGAUGAUUUCUGGAAGCGCUUCAGUAUGGUUGCCAAGGAUGAAGCAGGGGCCCCGAAGCAAAGCAUGUGGCUCAAGAAAACCCAGAGCGGGUCCACACGUCUUUCUCGGUGGGUCUGGGUUAUUGGCAUGACUCUCCUCAUCGUAAUUGCAGGAGCCAUUGGUCUUGGCUGGUACAUCGCUCACACCGACCCCACCCACGACGGCCCCACCGCUAUCGGCGGUAGCGCGAAUGAGAAGGCUUUGGCUACUGGAUCGUCCUCCACUACUGGCUCCUCGUCUACUAGCACUUCCUUCCACGUGACUCCCACGAAGACGGUUGCCCGACGCGAAGCCAACCCCAUACCGACGCCUUUGGCUAUAUACCCCUUGGAGGCUCGCGCGAAAGUCUCCGUUCACAAGAUGCACCACAAACGCCACUCGCUCAAUCACCUCGAUUGA